GCCACUGCUGUUAGCCGCCCCCGCCAGCGCCACCUGGGACCAUGUCCGAGGACCUAGAGUCCAUAUCAGAGGAAGAACGCAGCUUGUUCCGUCCGUUCACCCGCGAGUCGCUGGCCGCCAUCGAGGCGCGUAUCGCCGAGGAGUAUGCCAAGCAGAAGGAGCUCGAAAAGAAGAGAGCUGAGGGAGAAGUUCGGUAUGAGGACGAGGACGAAGAUGAAGGGCCACAGCCAGAUCCAACACUGGAGCAGGGUGCACCGCUGCCCGUUCGGCUCCAGGGAGGUUUCCCAGCAGAACUUGCCUCCACCCCUCUUGAGGAUAUUGAUAGUUUCUACCAUAACCAGCGGACAUUCGUAGUGGUUAGUAAAGGAAAGGAUAUUUUCCGAUUCAGUGCAACAGAUGCCUUGUGGAUUCUGGAUCCUUUCAAUCCUAUUCGAAGAGUUGCUAUAUAUAUUUUGGUUCAUCCCUUAUUUUCACUUUUUAUCAUCACAACAAUUUUAACGAACUGCAUCUUCAUGAUCAUGCCUACUACACCAGUAAUAGAAUCAACAGAAGUAAUUUUUACUGGCAUCUACACAUUUGAAUCAGCCGUAAAGGUGAUGGCAAGAGGGUUCAUACUUCAGCCAUUUACGUACCUUAGAGAUGCAUGGAACUGGCUGGACUUCGUAGUAAUAGCUUUAGCUUAUGUUACCAUGGGGAUAGAUCUAGGAAACCUGGCUGCCUUGAGAACUUUCAGGGUCCUUCGAGCUUUGAAGACUGUAGCUAUUGUCCCAGGUUUGAAGACCAUUGUCGGUGCUGUGAUUGAAUCUGUGAAGAAUCUGCGGGAUGUGAUCAUAUUGACCAUGUUCUCUUUAUCUGUGUUUGCCUUAAUGGGCCUCCAGAUUUACAUGGGUGUCCUCACACAGAAAUGUAUAAAAAACUUUCCCAUGGAUGGGUCAUGGGGAAAUCUUACAGAUGAAAACUGGGAGAGAUUUGUGAGCAAUGAAACAAACUGGGUGAAGGAAGGGUAUGAAUUUCGUCUUUGUGGAAACUCAUCAGGAGCAGGGCAGUGUGAAGAAGGAUACACGUGCCUUCAAGGAUAUGGCCCAAAUCCAAAUUAUGGUUACACUAGUUUUGAUACUUUUGGUUGGGCAUUGUUAUCUGCCUUUAGGCUCAUGACUCAAGACUUUUGGGAAAAUCUCUAUCAGUUGAUUCUCCGAUCAGCAGGUCCAUGGCAUAUGUUGUUUUUUAUUGUUAUUAUUUUUUUGGGUUCAUUUUAUCUUGUCAACUUAAUUUUGGCCAUUGUUGCUAUGUCAUAUGAUGAGUUGCAAAAGAAGGCAGAAGAGGAAGAAGCAGCAGAGGAAGAAGCUAUCAGGGAAGCAGAAGAGGCAGCCCAAGCAAGAGAAAAUAGGCAGGCAGCACGGGAAGCAGCAAGAGUAUCAGCAGCAGCAGCUCAAGCUGCAGCCAAUGUCGUCAAGUCACCAUCUGAUUUUUCAUGUCACAGCUAUGAGCUCUUUGUAGGUCAAGAGAAAGGCAACGAUGAUAACAACAAGGAAAAAAUGAGCAUUCGUAGUGAAGGUGGAGAUUCACUUAGUGAACAUCGGGGUCGUACAAUAGGGCCUAAUGGCAAGGUGCGGAAGGUGAGCGCGGCCAGCCUGAGUCUUCCGGGCUCUCCAUUCAACCUGAGGCGAGGUUCACGGGGCAGCCACCAGUUCACGCUGAGAAACGGCCGUGGUCGCUUUGUGGGACCCCCAGGAGGGGACCGCAAGCCUCUCGUGCUCUCCACCUACUUAGAUGCCCAAGAACACUUGCCAUAUGCGGAUGACUCAAAUGCAGUAACACCAAUGUCGGAAGAAAAUGGUGCUAUAGUGGUUCCUGUCUACUAUGCCAGCAUUGGUUCACGAAAUUCAUCGUAUACCUCACAUGCAUCACGAGUUUCAUAUACAUCUCAUGGUGACCUACUUGGUGGUGUUCCUGUCACAAAGGAGAGCCGACUUCGUGGAAGAAGUCGUAACAAUCCUGCUCCCCCAAACACUGUGCCCUAUAUGUCUGCUGCUAUGAACCACAAGCACCCUUUUGAUGCUUCUUUAGACAGUGAAGAUGGACCAGCUAAAAUGAAACAUCAAGACAAUCCAUUUAUAGAGCCUACACAACAACAAACUGUUGUUGAUAUGAAAGAUGUGAUGGUGUUGAACGACAUCAUAGAACAAGCAGCAGGCCGGCAAAGCAGGGCAAGUGAACAUGGAGCAGCUGAUGAUGAUGAUGAUGAAGGUCCUACAGUGAAAGAAAAAAUUCUUGCGUUCUGUAUUCGUUGCAUUGAUAUCUUCUGUGUAUGGGACUGCUGUUGGUUGUGGUUAAAAUUCCAAGAAUAUGUUGCACUCAUAGUGUUUGAUCCUUUUGUUGAACUCUUCAUUACAUUGUGCAUCGUUGUCAACACACUUUUCAUGGCUCUUGAUCAUCAUGACAUGAACAAGGACAUGGAAAAAGCAUUGAAAAGUGGAAAUUAUUUCUUCACAGCAACUUUUGCAAUUGAAGCAACUUUAAAACUAAUUGCCAUGAGUCCAAAAUAUUAUUUUCAAGAAGGCUGGAAUAUUUUUGAUUUUAUUAUUGUGGCUCUGUCUUUAUUGGAACUGGGACUUGAAGGAGUUCAAGGCCUGUCAGUGCUCAGGUCAUUUCGACUGCUGAGAGUUUUCAAGCUUGCAAAAUCGUGGCCAACUCUGAAUUUGCUAAUUUCUAUAAUGGGUAGAACUGUUGGUGCCUUAGGAAAUUUGACCUUUGUGUUAUGUAUAAUUAUAUUCAUAUUUGCUGUUAUGGGUAUGCAGUUAUUUGGUAAGAACUAUACAGAUUAUGUGGAAAGAUUUCCAGACCAGGAUUUACCCAGAUGGAACUUCACAGACUUCAUGCAUUCCUUCAUGAUUGUAUUUCGUGUACUGUGUGGAGAAUGGAUAGAAUCCAUGUGGGAUUGCAUGCUUGUUGGAGACUGGUCAUGUAUACCCUUCUUUUUGGCCACAGUUGUAAUUGGAAACUUAGUUGUCCUUAAUCUUUUCUUGGCGCUGCUACUCAGUAACUUUGGUUCAUCAAACUUGUCAGCUCCAACAGCUGACAAUGACACCAACAAGAUUGCAGAGGCAUUUGAUCGCAUUUCAAGGUUUAUCAACUGGAUGAAACGUAGUAUGCUAAAUUUGGCAAAAUUGAUGAGGGCCAAAUUAACUAACCAGAUUUCCGAUCAGACGCCAGAUGCCCAUGACCGAGAUGCUGAUGCCGAUUAUGUUGGAGAUGAGAUAAUAGCUGAUGGGAUAGUGUACAGAGACAAGAAAUUUCUCAAAGAACAAACUCAAGUGGAAGUUGCAAUUGGUGAUGGGAUGGAAUUCACAAUUCAUGGUGACCUUAAAAAUAAACUGAAGAAGGGUAAACUAAUGAUGAACAAUGCCAAACUGAUUGGGAAUUCUAUCAAGGAGAACCAUCAAGAUAACAGGAUAGAAAAUGAAUACUAUAAGCAAAGAUUAGAAGAAGAUGUCAUAAGUAAUAAAUCCUAUGGCAGUCACAAAAACCGUCCAUUUAAGGAUGACAGCCAUAAAGGUAGUGCUGAGACACUAGAUGGAGAGGAGAAAAAAGAUAUUAGCAAAGAAGAUCUGGAGGAUGAGGGAGAUCUUGAAGAAGAAGGUGAAGGGGAAGAAGGUCUUCUUGAAGAAGAUAUGGCACUCGAAGCUGGCUCAGAAGAUGCAGCAGGGCAAGAAUACCCGUCCGACUGUUUUCCAGAGCCUUGUUAUAAGCGUUUCCCAUUCCUUGCUGGUGACGAUGAUGCACCAUUUUGGCAAGGUUGGGCAAACCUUCGUUUGAAGACCUUCCAACUAAUUGAAAACAAAUAUUUUGAGACAGCUGUCAUCACUAUGAUUCUGCUCAGCAGUCUGGCAUUGGCAUUGGAAGAUGUCCAUUUACAACAGAGGCCCAUUCUUCAAGAUAUUUUGUACUAUAUGGAUCGAAUAUUCACUGUUAUUUUCUUCCUUGAGAUGUUAAUUAAAUGGCUGGCCUUGGGUUUUAGAAAGUAUUUCACAAAUGCCUGGUGCUGGCUAGAUUUCAUCAUUGUGAUGGUCUCGCUCAUAAACUUCGUAGCAUCCUUGUGUGGGGCAGGAGGCAUACAAGCCUUCAAAACUAUGAGGACUCUCAGGGCCCUUAGGCCUCUUAGAGCUAUGUCUAGAAUGCAGGGGAUGAGGGUUGUCGUCAAUGCUCUUGUGCAAGCUAUUCCCAGCAUCUUUAAUGUGUUAUUGGUUUGUUUGAUAUUCUGGCUCAUUUUUGCUAUUAUGGGAGUACAGCUGUUUGCUGGAAAAUACUUCAAGUGUCAAGACUCCAACGACACUACAUUAAGUCAUGAAAUUAUCCCAGACAAGAACUCUUGUUUGGCAGAAAAUUACACUUGGGUGAAUUCACCGAUGAAUUUUGAUCAUGUUGGAAAAGCCUACUUAUGCCUCUUUCAAGUUGCAACAUUCAAAGGAUGGAUACAGAUCAUGAAUGAUGCUAUAGAUUCAAGAGAGGUGGACAAGCAGCCAAUCCGAGAAACCAACAUUUAUAUGUACCUGUAUUUUGUAUUCUUCAUUAUCUUUGGAUCAUUUUUCACUCUUAAUCUGUUCAUUGGAGUGAUUAUUGACAACUUUAAUGAACAGAAGAAAAAGAUAAGUGGCUCUUUGGAAUUGUUCAUGACUGAGGAUCAGAAGAAGUACUAUAAUGCUAUGAAGAAAAUGGGCUCAAAGAAACCCCUAAAGGCUAUACCACGUCCAAGGUGGAAGCCCCAAGCAAUUGUAUUUGAAAUUGUGACCAAUAAAAAGUUCGACAUGAUAAUCAUGUUGUUCAUUGGCUUAAAUAUGCUGACGAUGACGCUAGAUCACUAUCAGCAAACAGAAACCUUCAGUCAAGUUUUAGACUACCUCAAUAUGAUCUUCAUCGUCAUAUUUAGUUCAGAAUGCCUUAUGAAAAUAUUUGCCCUUCGAUAUCACUACUUCAAAGAACCAUGGAAUCUCUUUGAUUUUGUAGUUGUGAUUUUGUCUAUACUAGGUCUGGUGCUCAGUGACAUUAUUGAGAAGUACUUUGUGUCACCAACUCUUCUGAGGGUCGUUCGAGUAGCAAAAGUGGGCAGAGUGCUCCGUCUAGUUAAAGGUGCUAAAGGCAUCAGAACUCUUUUGUUUGCAUUGGCGAUGUCAUUGCCAGCACUGUUUAACAUCUGUCUGCUACUCUUCUUAGUGAUGUUCAUCUUUGCCAUUUUUGGUAUGUCAUUCUUUAUGAAUGUGAAGGAGAAGAGUGGGAUUGAUGAUGUCUAUAACUUCAAAACUUUUGGACAGUCAAUGAUCCUACUUUUCCAGAUGUCAACAUCUGCUGGAUGGGAUGGUGUACUAGAUGGAAUUAUUAAUGAGGAAAACUGCAACAAGCCCAACAGUGAAAUUGGCUAUCCUGGAAAUUGUGGUUCGGCUACUGUAGGCAUUGCUUUUCUCCUGUCAUACCUUGUAAUUAGUUUCCUCAUCGUCAUCAACAUGUACAUAGCAGUCAUCUUAGAAAAUUACUCACAGGCAACAGAAGACGUCCAGGAAGGUCUCACAGAUGAUGACUAUGACAUGUACUAUGAAAUAUGGCAGCAAUUUGACCCCAAUGGUACACAGUAUAUCCGUUAUGAUCAGUUAUCUGAUCUCUUUGAUGUGCUGGAGCCACCGUUGCAGAUCCACAAGCCAAAUAAGUACAAGAUAGUGUCAAUGGACAUACCAAUCUGCAAAGGGGACCUAAUGUACUGCGUAGAUAUUUUGGACGCACUCACAAAGGACUUCUUUGCGCGGAAAGGGAACCCAAUUGAUGAGACUGCAGAGCUGGUUGAGGUUAAAGUGGGACAGCCAGGUUACGAGCAUGUUUCAUCGACAUUGUGGCGUCAGCGAGAAGAGUACUGUGCGCGCCUCAUCCAGAAUGCAUGGCGGAAGCACAAACAGCAGCGGCUCGGUGGGCCCAGUGAUGAGUCAGACGCCGUGCCCUGCGAUGGCGACAUCGACGCAGAUGGUAGCGACGAUCGUCGACAGACAGCCGUGCUUGUCGAGAGCGACGGCUUCGUCACCAAGAACGGCCACCGUGUCGUCAUCCAUUCGCGCUCGCCCAGCGUGACGUCGCGGUCAACGGACGUGUGAGCACGGCCGCCCCUCCCCC